AUGGAUAACUACACUCGUGCCGUCGCACGAGUAAGUGCUGCUCUACGCGCGUUGAAGAGAGCACCCGAGUCCUUGCAAGUAGCGUACGCGAAGGAUUUCGUUGUAGAGAUUUGGAAAGCUCGUACCAUGCGCCGGGAGCGGAAUCUUCCGCGCUCGUCUUUCAUACUCGCACUCACUCAGAUGGUCGCCCGCUGCAAACAGCCCGCGGGCCCUGAUACCGUACUCGAUGUCAAAUGCUUUGUCGAGGAGAUCAGAGCAUUUGAUAUGCCUCCGAAGGAAGAGUUUUACCAGGACUUGGGUGAUGAUCAAUGGUGGCUUGCGCUUCCGAUGCGUGAGGCCAUGUCAAACACUUGCCCUGUGCCACCGGUUGCAAAAGAUGUAUUUUCCACUCUCAUUCACACAUCAGAAACCAGUCUUCUGAACGGCUCCCGGGCUAGCAUUGACGGCCGAACCGUCGGCAAGCGUCGUGAAGAGGUUCCUGCCACAGAUAGCGAGGUCAUACGUGCCAACAAGCGCUCAGCACCCGAUUUCAAUGCACACAUGGUCGAUGGUUUACCUAAACCCGAUCCUGCGGAGGAACCUGAGGGGAUGGUGUUCAGACAAGACUGUUCUAUUGAGUUGACGCCGUCCCGCCAACCAUUUCCUGGCUUCAAUCAAGAACAGUUGGACCGAGCGGCAAGAACUAGCUUCGGCUGGCGAUUACACAUGCCCUUUCUAUGCACGGACCGGCGCACUGUCCCGCGUUUUCGACAACCAUUCCGCCUUUCUGAAUCAAUCCUUGUCAACUACUAA